AUGGAAGUACUGGAGUUUCUGAACCGGCAUGCAUCUAGUCACUUGCUCAAGCACAAGCAAACCAGCUACACAGGAACACCGACAAUCACUGUAUGUCAAGAUUUUGAGGAGCAGUCAGCAAGUGUACACCGAUUUUCGACCGUUACAAUGAUGCAGGAAGACAAUUUAACCACCAAUGUGUCCUGUCAGAUUCAUGAUGGCAUAUUGUCACCAUUCUUGCCCAUUGGCUACAUUAUCAUCUGUUGCAUUGGUCUGCUCUGUAACACUGUCACGCUCUACAUAUUUUUCCUUCGGCGACACACAGACUCUUCCAUGACCGUGUACAUGCGCCACCUUGCCCUAGCGGACACCCUCCUGGUCAUGUGCUUGCCCCUGCGAGUUUACUACCACAACAAAGAAGGUCCCUUCUACUUGUGCAAGGUGGUGGGCAUCUUCUUCUACAUCAACAUGUAUUCCAGCAUCCUGUUUCUCAGCCUCAUCAGUCUGGAUCGCUACUUGAAAAUCAUCAAGCCCGUUUGGGUCCGUCGAAUACAAAAGACAAAGUGGAGCCACAUGGCAAGCUACAUCGUCUGGGUGAUCCUCAUCUCAGGAGUGAUUCCCUUUUUUACAAGCAGCAGUCAAAAACAUCCGUGUGACAAGGUUUGCUUCCACUUCCACAGCAAGGGACCUGUCGGUGGGACCAUUAACCUGACUACAGUGGUGCUCUUCCUUGUUUUUUAUGUAGCCUUUCUUUGUUUUUAUGUGAAGAUCACUAAGAAACUCAAGACUAUGUCCAUGGGUAAUGGUGACCCUAAGGCACAGAGUCGCAAAAAAAGGGUAAUCAUAAAGAUUUUCUUAGUACCGACCAUUUUUACUUUGUGUUUCCUGCCCUACCAUGCGAUACGAAUACCGUACGUUCUGGCUCAGAUUAAUGUGAUCGGAGAUCUUCAAAGCCAACAAUUGUUGCACAUAUUAAAUGAGAGUACCUUGCAAUUGUCCGCUCUAAAUAGCUGCCUUGACCCAAUUAUCUAUUACUUCUUAUCCAGUGCAUACCAGAAAACAAUACUGUGUGCCAUUCAGGGCAAGUUUAAAAACAUGUAUGCUUUAAACAGAAGGAGAAUCAGCAUAAACCGCUCACUCACUGAAAUUUAG